GGCUCCCCUGCUGCCAUGGAGCCCGCCGGCCUGGAACAGAUCCUCCGGGAGCUGCUGCUGCCGGACACGGAGCGCAUCCGCCAGGCCACCGAGCAACUCCAGACCGCUCUUAGGGACCCCGCCUCCCUGCCCGCGCUCUGCGAACUGCUGGCCUCAGCGGGCGACCCUCAAAUCCGCCAGUUCGCGGCCGUACUGAUCCGCAGACGACUGAGCACCGGCUGGCGACGGCUGGCGGCCGAGCAACGGGAGAGCAUCAAGUCUUUGAUCCUGACGGUCCUUCAGAGAGAGACAGAGCAUUCUGUGAGUCUUAGCCUGGCCCAGCUCUCUGCUACCGUUUUUCGAAAAGAAGGUCUGGAGGCCUGGCCUCAGCUCAUGCAGCUUCUUCAGCACAGUAUCCGCAGCCUCCACGUCCCCGAGAGAGAGAUGGGGCUUUUGCUGCUAAGUGUGGUGGUGACCUCCCGGCCUGAGGCCUUCCGACCCCACCACCGGGAGCUUCUUCGGCUUCUGAAUGAGACCCUUGGUGAUGUGGGCUCUCCUGGACUCCUCUUCUAUUCCCUGCGCACUCUGACCACCAUGGCCCCUUACCUUGGCACUGAUGAUGUGCCUCUCGUGCGAAUGUUGGUGCCCAAGCUCAUCGUGGCUGUGCAGACUCUGAUCCCUGUAGACGAGGCAAAGGCCUGUGAGGCCUUGGAGGCCCUGGAUGAAUUGCUGGAGUCAGAGUUGCCCAUCAUCACCUCCCACCUCUCAGAGGUCCUCACAUUCUGCCUGGAGGUGGCUAGAAACGUGGCCCUAGGUGAUGCAAUACGUGUGCGUAUUCUCUGCUGUCUCACUUUCUUGGUCAAAGUCAAGAGCAAGGCGUUACUGAAGAAUCGCCUCCUACCGCCCUUGCUGCACACCCUUUUCCCCAUCAUGGCUGCCGAGCCCACCCUGGGUCAGCUGGAUCCUGAGGAUCAGGAUUCAGAGGAAGAAGAGCUGUAUGUUGGACUGGUGGGGGAGACGCCCAAGCACUUUGCCAUUCAGGUCGUGGACAUGCUGGCACUCUAUUUGCCCCCUGAGAAGCUCUGUCCCCUGCUGAUGCCCAUGCUGGAAGAGGCUUUGCGGAGCCAGAGCCCAUACCAGCGCAAGGCUGGGCUCCUCGUGCUGGCAGUGCUCUCUGAUGGAGCCGGGGACCACAUCAGGCAGAGACUGCUGUCCCCACUGCUACAGAUCGUGUGCAGGAGCCUGGAGGAUCCGUCACAGGUUGUGCGCAAUGCUGCGCUCUUUGCCCUGGGCCAGUUCUCAGAGAACCUACAGCCCCACAUUCGCAGCUAUUCCGGGGAGGUGAUGCCACUGCUCCUCGCCUACCUGAAGUCCGUGCCUCCUGGGUGCACACGUCACCUAGCCAAGGCCUGCUAUGCCCUGGAGAACUUCGUGGAGAACCUAGGGCCUGAAGUGCAGCACUACCUUACGGAGCUCAUGGAGUAUAUGUUGCAGCCUCUGAGAAACCCCAGCAGCUCCCGGGCCAAGGAGCUGGCUGUGAGCGCCCUGGGGGCCAUUGCCACGGCUGCCCAGGCCUCCAUACUGCCCUACUUCCCCACCAUCGUGGAGCACCUGCGGGAAUUCCUGUUGACAGGCCAUGAGGACCUUCAGCCUGUGCGGAUCCAGAGCCUGGAGACACUUGGGGUACUGGUGCGAGCAGUAGGGGAGCCCAUGAGGCCCCUGGCUGAGGAAUGCUGCCAGCUGGGGCUGGGCUUGUGUGACCAGGUAGACGACCCUGACUUGCGGCGCUGCACGUACAGCCUGUUUGCAGCCUUAUCAGGGCUGAUGGGUGAGAGCCUCGCUCCCCACCUGCCACGAAUCACCACACUCAUGCUGUUGUCAUUGCGUUCCACCCAGGGCAUUGUGCCUCAGUGCACUGGAAGCAGCACCUUCCUUCUGUUUGACGAUGAGCACGGUGGGGAGGAAGAGGAGGAGCUUGUGGAGGAGGACUCGGAAGAGGAGGAGGACUCAGAGGUCUCAGGGUACAGCGUGGAAAACGCCUUUUUCGAUGAGAAGGAAGACGCCUGUGCUGCACUGGGGGAGAUCUCUGUGAAUGCCAGUGUGGCCUUCCUUCCCUACAUGGAGACUGUCUUUGAAGAAGUGUUCACACUGCUGGAGUGCCCUCACCUGAGCGUGCGGAAGGCAGCCCAUGAGGCCCUGGGUCAGUUUUGCUGUGCGCUGCACAAAGCCUGUCAGAGCUGCCCCUCGGAACCCAACACUGCUGCUCUGCAGGCCGCCCUGGCCCGGGUGGUGCCAUCCUAUGUGCGGGCAGUGAACGGGGAGCGGGAGCGCCAGGUGGUGAUGGCCGUGCUGGCGGCCCUGACGGCGGUGUUGCGUGGCUCUGGGAGCUUGGCGUUGCAGCCCCCUGGGCGGCUUGCUGAGAUCUGCCACGCGCUCAAGGGUGUGCUGCAGAGGAAGACAGCUUGUCAGGACGCCGACCAGGAGGAGGAUGAGGACCAGGCUGAAUACGACGCCAUGUUGCUGGAGCAUGCUGGCGAGGCCAUCCCUGCCCUGGCCGCUGCGGCCGGGGGAGAUGCCUUUGCCCCCUUCUUUGCCGGCUUCCUGCCAUUAUUGCUGUGCAAGACGAAACAGGGCUGCACAGUGGCAGAGAAGUCCUUUGCGGUGGGGACGCUGGCAGAGUCCAUUCAGGGCCUGGGUGCCGCCUCGGCCCAGUUUGUGUCCCGGCUGCUCCCCGUGCUGUUGAGCACUGCCCGGGAGGCGGACCCCGAGGUGCGGAGCAAUGCCGUCUUUGGGCUGGGCGUGCUGGCGGAGCACGGGGGUCGCCCUGCCCAGGAACACUUCCCCAAGCUGCUGGGGCUCCUGCUGCCCCUCCUGGCGAGGGAGCGCCAUGAUCGUGUCCAUGACAACAUCUGUGGGGCACUCGCCCGCCUGCUGAUGGCCAGUCCCACGAGGAAACCAGAGCCCCAGGUGCUGGCUGCCCUGCUGCACGCCCUGCCACUGAAGGAGGAUUUGGAGGAGUGGGUCACCUUAGGGCACCUCUUCAGCUUCCUGUACCAGAGCAGCCCAGACCAGGUUGUAGAUGUGGCUCCAGAGCUCCUGCGCAUUUGCAGCCUCAUCCUGGCCGAGAACAAGGUCCCACCAGACACCAAGGCAUCGCUGCUGCUGCUGCUCACGUUCUUGGCCAAACAGCACACUGACAGCUUCCGUUCAGCACUGGGCUCCCUGCCUGGCAACAAGGCCCAGGAGCUCCAGGCCAUCCUGGGCCUCACCUAGACUGCGGGCUGCAGCUGGGCCAGAGAGAACAGAGCCUGCCCACGCCUGAGACCAGCUCUCUGCCCAGUUGCAGCUCACGCCUUACCAAAGAUUCUGGGCCUGGGCCUCAUACCCACUUGGAGUCUCAGCCCUACUUGCCGUCUUACCGGGGUGUCUGCUAGGGCUGGGUCUGUCGUGCUGGGACAAUACAGACAGAGUCAUGACACCAUCCUGUAAUAAAGGCAGUUUAUUUUCUUCUUGAACAGUAGCGCUGGGAGCAGGAAGGAUAGAGACCCGUGUUCAGAAGUGAGGCAGGACACCGUUUACCAUAGCUGGUUCCCUGGCAGCUUUGUAAAUUGGCUCUAACCGCAGUGGAAUCGGGGCCCUGGCUGGAUCAGGAGGCGCCCAUAUGGCUCCUCUUGUUUCACACAAAGGAUCUGCUGUGCAGCAAGCACUGGUCAAGAGGGGAGGAGAGGGCUGGUCAGAGGAGAGGGUCCCUACAGCAGCCGCUGGCCUGUGUGUCCACUCCCCACCCCCCACACAGGCACACACAUUCCUCGCUCACCCAGGAGCAGGUAGAAGACCCGCGCGGCCACCUUACGGGGACUGAGAGGUGGCACCAGGCUGCUGAAGUCAGGCUCCCUCUUGGCCUGCAGCUCCCGUGCCACUGCCCUGUGGGGGUCAAGAACUAUGAGCUGAGGCUGCAGCCCAGGCCACCCACGGAGGCAUGCCCUUCCUGGUACCUGUGCACAGCCUCCAGCGAGAGCAGCUCAGGCUCUGGGGGCAGCUCCACAGGCACCUCCACAGGCACCUCAGGGAGCUCAGGCACCACGGGCAAUGCAGGGGCUUCUGGCUCCUCAGCCCAGACCCUAGGAGAACACGGGAGUUGGGUGGAGCAGGGAAGGUGGCAGCGGUGACAGUGACGAGGGGUACAGCCAUCCUAGCUGGGGCUGCCGCUUACCACCGUUCUUCCGGGGGCACGAGGCUGAUGCGGGUCUUCUCCUCCUCAGCCGCUUCUAGGGAGAUCUCUGUCAGGGGGAGGGGAAGGUCCUGAGUGGGUUUGUUUGCAUCUGAGCAGUUGGGAUUUGGGGGCCACCUGGUCCACCUGGGUGCCAGAGCUGGCAGUGACUUGUUAAAAGUACCCGGGGUGGGGGGAGGGGACUGAAGAGACUCAGUCUGUGCUUCCUUAUGUUAAGUGCGCUGACGAGAACUGUCAGCAGUUGGAGCACCAGUUUCCUGGGACAGUGGUCAGGGUGGUGGUCUCCACCGUCCCUUUUCCAGAUACUUACCUGAAGGCAGCAUGAGGGGCACACUGGGCUCCAGGGCCUCCCUCAGGACCUGGAGAUGAGAGAAGGAGAACUAAGACCCCAAGCCAUCACAGAAGCACCGGGGGCAGGGGUGAAGCAGGUCUAGCCCUGAACCAGCCUGGCUGGGACCUGGUGCCCAUGGCUCACGUGGGCAGAAAAAAGCAGGCUGUUGGAGCUCAGGCAAAGCAGGAAGGAGUGAGGGUGCCAUUACCUCGAUAUCGCUUGGAGUUUCAGCCUUUCUCCUUUCCUCCUCAGCUGCCGCCUCCCUCUCAGCUUCCUCUUCCUCAGGCUCCAGGGGCGGCCUUCUCCUGAGUGCUAGUGGGAGUGGCUGGGCACAGUGGGUCCAGAAAGCCAGCAGUUCUUGGGGUAGCCGGCCAGCUGACAACGGGGCAGCAGGGAGAGGGUUUGAGGCGUGAGGAACACCAGGAGUGAGGGACAGGGGUUCAGAGGAUCCCACACACCAGCUCCCACCAUUCCUCACAGUGAGUCGGGGUUCGGAACAGCUCUGCAGGGCUCGUGAUCAUCCUCUCAGGAGGCUGCACCAUUGGCUGUGUGGUAGGAAAGGCCAGAAGGCUGGUUAGGAAGGAGCCACUGCUCCUUACCCACCUGCAGUGCCUUGUUCCAGGGCCUCUGGCCUUCUAGCUCUUUCAGGCUCAUUCUCUCCUCGUUGCUAAAAGGACUUUCAACUGAUGCCCUUGGAUGUGCUAGAUGGGGUAAUGAAGUGGUAUGUGGGCAAACCCCCAGCAUGUGCACUUUGGGGACUGUUCUCAUGCCCCCCACCCCCACCCUGGGAGUUUAAGAGACCCAAUGUGCACCUGCUUCCCUCCAUCCCUCCAGAGCCUGGGCUGUACUCACACACUCCCGGCAGUGGGCUCUGGUUUGCAUUUGUUCCAGGAAUUCCUUCCGGGGUAUCUGGGUCUCCCGGUCCCAGAAUAAUAAGCGGCGGCGGCGGGCAGGUGGGACCCUGGGAGGU